AGGGGUUGCGGGAGGCGCCAUUUUGGGCCUGGUCAAGUCGGGAGGAGGGAGCGCCGGGCGCGCGGGGUGUCCGCACGGGGCCGGAACCGGCGUCCGAGGCACCGGCCCGCGGAGUCGGGGCCCCGCCCCUCCGCCCGCAGCGCUGAGCCCCGAGGGGGAGGCGGGGCCCGGAGGCCAGCGAUGGAGAGCGACUACUACAGCGGGGACCAGUCAGAUGAUGGUGGAGCUACCCCAGUUCAGGAUGAACGGGAUUCAGGGUCUGAGGCUGAAGACGAUGUAAACGAGCAGCAUUCUGGAUCAGACAAUGGAAGCAUAGAGCAUCAUUCAGAGAAUGAGCACAGUGAUGGCGAAGAUGAUGGUCCAACUAGAGAACAUCACAUGACAGACUCUGAAAAUGAAGAUAUCUCAAGGCAAAAAGACAGUGAUUCAGAAAAUGAGGAGCCCUCAAAUCACAAUGCCAGUGAUUCUGAAAAUGAAGGGACUCAUGGGGGUAAAGACAGUGAUUCUGAUAUUGAGGACCAUCCAAAUCAGCACGAAAGUGACUCUGAAAAUGAGGAUGCCAUAAAUCACCGAGCAAGCGACUCUGAAAAUGAAGAACCUCAAAAAGAUCACAGUAGUGAUUUUGAAAAUGAGGAACCCCAAAAGCAACUGGCCAGUGACUCUGAAAAUGAGGAACCCCAAAAGCAACUGGCCAGUGACUCUGAAAAUGAGGAGCCCCCAAAGCAACUGGCCAGUGACUCUGAAAAUGAGGAGCCCCCAAAGCAACUGGCCAGUGACUCUGAAAAUGAGGAGCCCCCAAAGCAACUGGCCAGUGACUCUGAAAAUGAGGAACCUCAAAAAGUUCAUGCUAGUGACUCUGAGAAUGAGGAGCCCCCAAAGCAUCUAGCCAGUGACUCUGAGAAUGAGGAGCCCCCAAAGCAUCUAGCCAGUGACUCUGAGAAUGAGGAACCUCAAAAAGUUCAUGCCAGCGACUCUGAGAAUGAGCCCCCAAAGCAUCCAGCCAGUGACUCUGAGAAUGAAGAGCCCCCAAAACAUACAGCCAGUGACUCUGAGAAUGAGGAUGCUCCCAGACGCAAACAAAAAAUAGAGUCUGACAGUGAUGGAGAGAACAGAAGAGAGGAAGCACAGAAUGACUCUCAUCAUUCAGAUAAUGAGCAGGCAGGAGAAAGAUUUCAUGGUUCUGACAGCGAGGAGGAAGGUCCAAAGAUACGGAAAAUAGCAGACAGUGAUGAAGAAGAGAGAGAGGAGGAGAAAUCAGUUAAGAGAAAAACAGCUGUCCUUUCUGACAGUGAGGAUGAUGAGAAAACACCUGCAAAGAAAGUACGAAUCCUGUCAGAUGUGGAAGAAUCUGACAGUGAUACAUCAGAGAAAUCUGGUAAAGCAAAGAAGAGUGUUGUAGCAUCAGAUAGUGAAGAUGAGGAGGAGGAGAGAAAGGACAGUGCUGGAAAGAAAAAAGAAGAGAAAGAUCUAUUUGGGAGUGACAGUGAAUCAGGGAAUGAGCAAGAGAACCUUAUUGCAGAUAUAUUUGGAGAAUCUGGUGAUGAGGAGGAAGAGGAGUUUACAGGUUUCAACCAGGAAGAUUUGGAAGAAGAAAAAGCCGAGGCAGAGAUGAAAGAGACAGUAGAUGAUUCAGACUCUGAUGAUAAUAUUAAAAGAGGGAAACAUAUGGACUUCAUGUCAGACUUUGACAUGAUGCUGCAACGGAAGAAAAACCUUAGUGGCAAGCGCAGACGAAACCGUGACGGCGGGACCUUUAUUAGUGAUGCAGAUGAUGUAGUCAGUGCCAUGAUUGUUAAAAUGAAUGAAGCUGCAGAGGAGGAUAGACAGCUGAAUACUCAGAAGAAACCAGCACUAAAGAAGCUAACUUUGCUACCAACUGUAGUUAUGCAUCUUAAAAAGCAGGAUCUUAAGGAAACUUUCAUAGAUAGUGGUGUGAUGUCUGCUAUCAAAGAAUGGCUUUCCCCUUUGCCAGAUCGGAGUCUACCAGCACUAAAGAUACGAGAGGAACUCUUAAAGAUUCUACAAGAGCUGCCCAGUGUGAGCCAAGAGACUCUGAAACAUAGUGGGAUUGGGCGAGCUGUGAUGUACCUCUACAAACAUCCGAAGGAAUCAAGACCCAACAAAGACAUGGCAGGAAAGCUAAUAAAUGAAUGGUCUCGACCUAUCUUUGGCCUUACUUCAAACUACAAAGGGAUGACUAGAGAGGAGAGGGAGCAGAGAGAUUUGGAACAGAUGCCCCAGCGAAGGCGAUUGAGCAGCUCUGGUGGUCAAACCCCUCGAAGAGAUCUGGAGAAAGUGUUAACAGGAGAAGAAAAGGCUCUUAGACCUGGCGAUCCAGGAUUUUGCGCUCGUGCAAGGGUUCCAAUGCCCUCAAACAAAGACUAUGUGGUCAGACCAAAGUGGAAUGUGGAAAUGGAAUCUUCCAGGCCCGGGACUAUUAAGAGAGGUAUUAGUCGUUUGGAAAAGCACAAGAGACGGUUUGCUGAACAGAAACGACUCAGCAAAGUGCAUCGGGCCAUCAAGUUCAGCAUUGAAGGCAACAGGAUGCCCCUGUAGCCAUGACACACUGUCUUCCCCAAGUUUGAGAGGUAUCCCUCAAGGGAGGUGUGACCAGUGCAUGUGCUUCAGCUGUUGGCAGUUUGCACAUUCAGUGGAAAAAAACCAAUAUGUAUGAGUAAGAGGAUACAUGCUGAAAAGCUCUCCUCUUAAUCCUUAAUGUCUAUACUGUGACCUGCUGGGUAACUUGAUGCAGGAUAUAAUCUGAUGUAGCACACAGUUUCUGCCAUGGUCCCUGCCACUACAGCUUCUGUAUAUACUGCUGGCAGGUGCUGUUUAAAAACAGCUACACCCAAAUAUACCUUUGUGUCUAAGGUUCUAAGUAGUUGGAGAGAGGAGCAGAUGCAGCAUUCUAAAAUGGGUUCCCAUUUGAUUAGAGCCUGCUUUUUAAUUUAAAACUUGGUACUUAUCUAACAAAUGACAGAAGCAGCAUUCUUAAACUUCAGUUUUGUACCUUAUGUCAUUCCAUAGUUUCUGGUUGAGGUGUUAGUAAUAUGAACAAGAUCUAAAAUAAGAGACUGAUCACUUGUUGGCCAAGGAAGUCAUUUUGUGAUGGAAGGCCUUAGGGAGGGGCUGGUAGCAGGUGGAGAAAAGAGUCCACUGGGGAGUGAGUAAAGAAGAGUCUUUUGCUGUGAACCUGGGAUGGAGAGAGACUGAUCAGUAAAUUUUAAAGUCUGAGAAUUGUUUUGACAACUCCUAGUCUGCAUUUCAGAUUGUGAGCAGGAAUGGCACAGAUUGAUAACUAGAGAAGAUAGUACAAAUUAAGCGCAGGAUUAUCUCUAACACAUUUCAGAUUCUUACUUAAGUUUAUUCUCUAAAUGCUUUUAAAGCAUGAAAGUUCUGGUUGGUCAGUUUUCUUUAUUAUGGAUAAAAUCAAUAUUUAUCCAGGUACUGGGAGUGAUUUCUCUGCAGAUGAGCCUAGCUUGAUGGAACUGGGUGGCAUUUGGAGUGUAUAAUAAGCAUUUAGCAUUUCAGAAAGUAAAAGCUGAGCCUCUUGCAACAUGUCUAUAAAAUAUGGCGUAUAGUGUCCUGAACCUCUUUGCUUUCCUAUAAGUGAAAGGCUAAGUGUCCGUCACACAUUAUUUCUGUAAGCUUUGUGGAAAAUAUAUGAAAACUCGUCAUUUCUAGGAAGUAUUGUUUACUGAUUUAAAGGGUCGUCUUUGUUUGUUUUUUUUGUCCUGUUUCAUUACAGAAUCUUUACAGUGUCUGUGCAAAACAACUCAACUGCUGCUUCAUCUUCAUCUUCCAGCUGCAGUUAGUCAAAAUACAGGGAAUGAAAUGCAGUAGUUUUUGCAGUACUUUGUAUGGCUAGAUUUCUUUGGCACUUCUGCUUUUCACCCCACUUCCCAAUAAUCUCCUGUUGGAGAAAUACCAAUCCAACUUUUACAUCUAAUUUACUAUUUACUACAAUUAGUUGCAAAGUUGGAUUGGUACUUCAGCCCAGCUAACAUUAUACAGAAUGGGAUAUUAGAGUGGGAAUGUCCACACGUCGCUCCCCACCACGAAAUGUAGUUUGUGAAGUACAUGAAAAUGUACCUCUGGUACAAGACUAUGUUUAAUAAAAAUUGUAAGAACUGUUCUAAAUAGUUUGUUUGGCCGGCAUGUGGACAGUGAUUGGUUACUUUUGUUUCCUUAAUAUGAAAGCUUUUAGCGUGUGAUAUGUUUUUUUUGUUUUUGUUUUUUGUGUGCGCGUGUGUAGAUAUCCUUGUAUGUGCAAUGCAUAUACCUGUACUGCCUUCCCUGUCCUCAUUCCCAGUCCCCAAGCUCUGUUUAAAUAUUUCUGGGACUUCAUCAGAUCCUGUGUUGCAGUGCAGCAGGUGCUGGAAGAUUUAACCAUGCAUGCCUUACAUUUCAUAAAGCCUCUGGGAUUUCUGCAUUUGUUUUCAAUAGGUUUUAUUU